AUGAGGAUGAUGAUUAACAUCGUAUCUCCAGUUCUGCUUACAUUUGCAACCUUGCGGCAGAUGCUUGGCACCAGCGUUGUUCAGAAGCCAUCAGAAAAUGUCUUGAUUGCUGGUGACCCCUGCAAGAACUUUGGUGGCUGCGACAUUGAUCUGACCCAAGGAGUGCUCCUCAGGCAAGCACGAAGGCAGAAAUAUCAAGAGUUACAAUAUUUCCCAAUAUUUUCUUUUUCCCAGACAAAACAUCAGCGUGCUGAGCUCAGUUAUCUAGUUGACAGACCCCGACGAGUAAACAGUUCUGCAUUCCAGGAAGCAGACAUAGUAAGCUCUAAGGACAGUGGUCAUGGAGACAGUGAGCAAGGAGACAGUGAUCAUGAUGCCACUAAUCGAGGUCAAUCCUCUGGCAUGGAUCUCUUCUCCAAUUGCACGGAGGAAUGUAAAGCACUGGGCCAUUCAGAUCGGUGCUGGAUGCCUUCCUUUGUUCCAUCUGAUGGACGCCAAGCUGCAGAUUACCGCAGCAAUCUGCACGUACCUGGCAUGGACUCCGUUCCAGACACUGAAGUGUUUGAAACACCAGAAGCCCAGCCGGGGGCAGAAAGGUCCUUCUCCACCUUCGGCAAAGAGAAGGCCCUUCACAACACUCUGGAGAGGAAGGAGUUGGACGGACUGCUGUCUAAUACACGAGCGCCUUACAAACCACCAUAUUUGAAACAUGGGUGGCAGCAGAGUAAUCCCCAUCCUACAUCCCCCAGCCCCAGCCCCAGCCGUGUGUCUCACCCUUUACCUGGAUGCACCGCUACAAAGGCACUUGCCAUCUCUGGAUCUCAAAGUGGAUUAUAAAGAAUAGUGAUUUAAACCUUCCUGCACCUCUAGGAGAUAGCACGGAAAAGGAUAUGCUAGUCACUUCUACAGGACUUACCUGAAGCAGCAUGAUUUGCACAAAAGUCGACCAACAAAAAGCAUCAACUUUCAACUUCAUUAUCUUGGCCAUCCAGUUCUGUGUAACUGAAGGAUUUGUGUGCUGUUGGAGACAUCAUGGCCAACAAUAGGACCUAAUUGCUCUCAGCAGGCCUGAGAAAUGAGUUGAAAUGUGUAGAACUGUAGAAACUUCAGAGGCAACUGAUCUUGCCUCUCUGAUCAGUGUGUGCCUGUUUACAGCACUAUAUAUCUUUCUCUCUCCAAAAUGUCACUGAGCCCUUUAGAUGUUUAUAUUCACCACAAGAAGCCAAUCGUACAGAUAAAAGAAAUGUGCAUUAUAAAUGCAAUAUCACUGUUUUAAACUUGACUGUUUUAUAUUAUUUUUGUGUGAUCAAGUGUUCCCCAAACUAUUCCAACUUUACAAGAGAGAUUGUGAUCAUGUUCUUUUCACCCGUGGGUCAUAAAAAUGUUGUUAACUGAGGACCCACAAAAUUAUCAGAGACAUUCUGUGGUUUAUACACCGUGUUGCAAAGUGUUUACUGUACUAUUUCAAAGCUUCUAAAUAAAUAUAAAAUAUAUAUAUAUUAUAUUAUAUAUAAUUUUCCGAAAAACGUGGUACAACUUAGUUGAUUUUUAAAUGGAUUCAUACAGUCUACACCAUACACUAAAGUGAGAAGGUAAUUCAGGGUUCCUAAGCUAUCCUUGCUAAAAACAAAAAUAAAAUAAACCUUUAAUAGUACUUCCCCAAUAUUCGUAUUUUGGUCAAUCCUGUUUUUCUUGUUUAAAAAAAAAAAAAAAAAAAGCUGAAAAAAAAGCUGUAAGCAACAACAUUUUGUCUAAAAGUUGUAAUGAAUUUUCAAUGCCAAAGAUGCAGCUGUCAAUAUUACCAGAAUGAGCGCUAUGUACUAUCAGAGGUAUAAAUCACUCUCCAUUAUUUUGAUUAUAUUUCUAUGGUUUUUAAUUUGGAAUCACAAAAUGUUUUAUAAGGCUCUAUAAACUCACCUGUAUAUGUUGUUAAAAAGAACACUGGGUGUCUGUACAUUUUGCAAUGUAAGAUAUAAUGUAAGUGAAGUUAAGUAUUUUAAGAAAAUCAUCCCAAACUCAUGAGUAUGCAUAAAUACAUAUAUACAUACAUACACACACACAAUCACCCACACAUCUCUCUCUGACAUAGUUUUGUGAAACUAUACAAAUAUAUUGCCUAAAAAUAUUUCUCUUGUGGCUAGGAAUAGUUGUUGAUAGAAUUCAAAUUGCAAAGGCAAAAAUAUAUGCCAAAAUAUUGACUCUUUUAUCACAAAGGAGAUGUGAAAUUAGGAACAUGGCACAUUCUCAGCUGGCCCCUCUCCCAUUGGAGAUAAAAUGGGGUUGGAUACCAUCUUUGUUGGGAAAAGGAUUAAGCCCUCACGUAUAAUCUUUAUGUUCUGUAAUAAUUCUGUGGUCUGAAAUGAUAACUUAGAGCACUUCUUUUCUAUGAAAUAUCGAAGAAGGUAAAAUUUCAAAGGUAAAGUUUAAAAUUCCUUUCAUGUCCAUAGAGUUUAAGUACCAUUUACUAAAUGUAAAGAUCUAGUAAAAUGUUUUUUUCUUUUUUUUUUUGUAUUGUGUUUUUUUCCCCACUGUAUCUUAAUAUGUCAAAUAUUGAAAACAGAUGAAAGAACUCUGUGUUAUCAACUAAUGUCUAGCCAAAUUUGAACAAAUUCCCAGCGAUGAUUCAAUAUUAAGUAAGACAAGAGAAAACCUCUCAGAUGGCAAUGCAAUUUGGGUCAUGCCGUUAUAUAGAAAUUCUGAUAACCCCGCCAAUACUGCCACAGGAUGAAUGUGUGAGAAGCUGAAUUUAGCCGCUUCUAUGUCGUAAUAGAGUUUGGGUUUCUUCCUUUUGAUAUUUUGUUGUUGGUUAUAAUGACAGUUUCUAUUAGAUAGAAGCAUAUAAAUUAUCUGUAUGGAAACCAUCCUGCUAUGGAUCCAAGUAAAACUCCUGAUCAACUUGUGAGAGCUUUUUAUACAAAUAGCUACUGGACUGAACCCUGAAAUUGUUAAUUUAAUACUCUGAACAAAAAAAAAAAAUCUGCUUGUUAAACACUUCUAAUGUGUAUGUCUAGCACAUUUGUAUAACUACAAAAUAUUUUGUGGGAUCCCUUUAAAAUGUAUAUAUUAUAAAAAACACAAUCAAAAAAAAAGCACCAACAAUCGCUAUUGAUCUGAGCAAACACAACAGUGAAAUGUUUCUUUAGCUGUAGGUAGCAGGACUUUUGGUCACCUACAAGCUUUGUUAAUUUUAUGAAGAAAAGCAAUGAAAUUUGUGACAAAUACUUCAUUUAAAAGAGUUUGUUAAAUUAUUUUCUGUUUUUAAAGCAAGAGAGUCCUUACCCUUCUUAGAACUGUUUUUUAUUUCUAAGUAUCUCUUUAAUAUUAGACAUGUACUGUAAAUCAAGGAUUUUUUCAGUCUUUGGAGGAAAAUGAAAUGUUUUUCCUUUCUAUUUCAUGGAUAGUUGAAGUGGUUUUAUUUAAUGAAAAUGACUUCACAUUUUGCGUGCCAUUUUUUCUGAAAAACUUAACCGUAUCAUACCUUGUCCUUCCUUUCCAUAAUUGAACUCUUUCCAUGGGUAUGUGAUACACAUACCCUUUUUUUUUUUUUUUUUUUUUUUUUUUUUUUUUGUUAAAUGAUGUAGACCCUGGUUCGUGUAUGCACAGAAAUCCUUCUGAGUUCAUUGGAGAGUCCCGGAAGGAAUCAUGAUAGGAUGCAGAACUGUUGAGGAAAAGGAAGUUUUUAAGUACUACAGCCUGGGCUCCCAAGAUAUUUAAAACUUGCUGAUUUCUCUAGCUCACUGUGAAUUUUAGUAUGGUAACAUUUGAUGACAGCAAGCUUUAGGACACAUUAAAAACCAGUACAUAGCUGCUGUGUCCCAAGAGAAGUGCUGAGAAACAUACUGGGUGGUACAGAGGCUCAAUUUCUCCCGUUUCUUUGUUUUAGUGGGGAAGAUACCUGUUGCAUCCAGUCAACUCCCAUUGAAAUUGAAUUGUUCAGCAUCUCCCAUAUAUUUCAUCAUGCUACUGUGUUGCCUAUCUGCAGUGAUAGGUACGUAAAUGCCUUUAAACAUUAGCUAUUGUAUUUGCCUCUUCCUUUAAGCAUAUGUGAUGCAAAUGUCUAAGGACUCUGAAUUGCAUAUUGGACACAAAAGUAAACUGAAGUAGUUGGAAAAUAUUUAGAUUGGAUAUUAAGGGGAAAUAUCUAUACCCAUAACCUGGGAAAAGAAAAUUCUGAAAUCUCAUUCAUUAAAAGUUUUCAAAAAUAUUUCAAAAAAAUACCUGUCAGGGAUGAUAUAAGUGUACUUAAACUUGCCUCAGAGAAAAGCAUGGACUAGCCUUUCAGUCCUGUUGUUCUAUAAUGUUCCUCGUAGGGCAUGCUAAGCUUUAGAGGAUGUCACCUGUACACAGCUGUAGGGAUAAGAAUGUUCUGUCCUUCAAUUAGGUAUCAGAAGCAAUAUUUAGUGUUUAAAUUUACAAUUUAUGAGCAUAAGAGGACAAGCUGUCUGUGUGAAGAACUGCCUUUGGAGUAAAUUAGAGUUCCAACACAGAAGAAAGGAUCUUAUAAAGGGUAGCAAAAUGGAAUCAGAUCUGUAAAUAUUUUUUUUUUUAAUUUCCUGGUUUAGAUGUGUAGCAAUAGAUUUCUAAGCAGCUUGCCUAUUUAAUUUCUUCAAAACCAGACCUUAGUUUCUUCCAGACAGAUUCUUCCAAAACUUAGAAAUACUAAAACAUUUUACUACUUGAAAUAAAAUUCCAGUUUCUUAAUGCAAGUUUUUACUAAGCUGCCUAUUGAGAGAAAGAA